AUGUUAGCGCCAGUAGGCACCGGCGUCCUGCGCUACACCUACCCCAUGGGGGACACGCCAGCUGUGUGCUUGACGCAGGACAUUCCCCCUUCAUUUCGUCUUCGCGCUCGCUCUCGUGCCUAUCAUGGGAAGGAAGAUGAGAAGGAACUAGAGGGAAAAGAAGCUGAGGACAACGACAAGAGAGAAGAAGACGGGAAAGAAGAAGACGAGAAGGAAGAGGACUACGGAAAAGAAGAGAAAGAGCAAGAAGGUCUUGAAGGAGAGGAGGAUAAUGAAAAAAGACAGACCGAAGAUAAGAAAAGGGAAAAGGAGAAGGAACAAAAGGAAAAGGAAAACGACAAAGACAACGACAGUGACAACAGCCGGCAAGAAGCCCCAAUCAACAUCCUACUUCUCGGAUGUGGAGAUCUUCGCAAGAUUCUCUUCACGAUCCAUCAUGAUGCCCGCAACAUCCUCUUCUUAACCAUUCUCAUCGACAAAACGCCCCUCACUUUUGACUUCCUGACCGACCUAUUCCCCAUCUACUACAACCUCUACCUCCCACCCCGCCUCGCCAGCCUCGUUGCCUCACAAGCCCGCAAACUAGUCGAUAUUUCCGACUCCCUCCAAGCCUGGCACGCAAGCCCUUACGGCGGCGGCAGCCUGGGGGGAGGUCUUUGCUUCUGUGACUCGCACUCCCUCUUGCGCGUCCGUGAGAUGUGGCAAUGCUGGGCUUGUUUCGACGGAGGUAAUGAGCCAGCGAAUACCGACCUCAAAGCCAAGUUCGAAGCGAACCUAGCUGACGCCCGAGACGUGAAAGCCGAUGAGGAAAGGCUUGACAGCACUGUUAGUGACCUCGUCUACACAGCAGUACGAUCAGCUGCGCCAAGUGCACAAGAGGACGACAUGCGCCAUUUGGACGAACUCCACCAGUGGUUUUGGAAAUCUGGGUGUGUGACAAGGCAUGAAACCGCCGCGGACAGGAGAGAGGACACGCAGGUAAACCCGAUGUUCGUCACGCCUGAUUCGGAUGGGCAUGUGAGGAUGCACUGGGGACUUGACCCGCUCCUGGGGUUUCCUUUAGCGGAGGCGUUUGUGAGGAACGAGGAUGAGCCUGAGCCAGAGAUAUGGGAAGCGGAAGGAAUGACUGCACACGCGAAGGUGGUAUCGGUUGUCGUGGGGAGCUUCGCCCUUUGGUGUCAAAGUUUCCAGAAAGCAUGGGCAGAAAGAAAGAGAAAGGUGGUGAUGAGGUGGUUCGUUGGUGAUGCGAUUACUUUCGGACAUACUUUGCAGGGUCUUGCAAGGGGUGUCUCCUCAAGAUCUACCCACUGGUAUCGCAGCAGACACAGCUUUUUGCCCUUGAGGAUUGAUGGGGAGGAUUACAAGCCUGGCGGCAGCCUUACUACCUGCCCUGCCCCGUUAUCCUUCAUGGUCAUCGACACCUCCAACCUCAUCGAUGACCUUGGCGCACUCAACGUGCUGAUGGCCACCUCACCGUUGCUCGAGAACAGCGCGGCCGCCACGAUCUACACCGAAAUGCUCACCCGGUACCACCGCACAUACAAAGGCGAAGCCGACAACCUCCUUUGCGGCCCUCUCUCCACCGUCGCCCUGCUCCUUGGUCUGGUUUGCGUAGAACAUUUCACCAACACCGCCCCUUACCCAGGGGCAACGCAGGACGCCAUGGCCUACAAUUGGAUCAAGUACGGAUCUGCUCUGCCCCCAGACAUGCCCUCAAAGCUGUACCAGACUUACGAGCGGCUGAGAUGGAAGCGACCUAUGGCGCAUUAG